GGAAAAAAACAAAAAAAAUCUUUCCGGUACCCAAAUCCAAUUCUCUCGUUCAAAUUUCACACUCUUCGGACAACAGUAUCUUAUUAGCGAAACUUUGGUUCGAGUAUGAAGAGCCGGCAUUUAUGUUUAUGGAUAAUCUUUAUGACCUUUAUGGGUUUUCAUGCAAGCUUGGACGCGAAAACUAUCGAUCCUUACAAGGUCCUUGGGGUUGAUAAAAAUGCAAGUCAACGGGAAAUUCAGAAGGCUUUCCACAAGCUCUCUCUCCAAUAUCACCCGGACAAGAACAAAAACAAGGGUGCACAGGAGAAGUUUUCUCAGAUCAAUAAUGCAUAUGAGAUUUUGUCAGAUGAAGAGAAAAGGAAGAAUUAUGACAUGUACGGUGAUGAGAAAGGCAAUCCUGGAUUUGGAGCUGGUCAUCCUGGGGAUCAGGGUGGAUAUACUUAUUUCACAGGUGGUGGACCAGGACAAAGUCAGUUUAACUUCAGACCCGGACAAUGGCAGGAUAUGGGUGGGCAGGGAGGUUCUCAGUCAUUCUCCUUCUCCUUUGGCGGGUCUGGUGGUCCUAGUUCUUUUGGAUUUGGUUUGGAUGACCUUUUUGGUAGUUUUUUUGGUGGUGGAGGACGUGGUGGUGGGAAUCAGUUUGGUGGUUUUGGCGGUUUUGGCGGUUCAACUGGUUCUCAAUCUGGAGCUAAGAGUUCCGGUAAAAGUUUUAGAACCAUAAAUUCCCAAAUCUUCAAAAAGGAAAUAGUUGAUCAAGGCAUGACUUGGCUUUUGUUAUCGUAUACACCCUCAUUGAAGGGGCUCGAACACUUUGAAUCCAUUAUAGAGGAUGUCAACAGUUCACUGCAAGGAGCUAUAAAGGUUGGAAGUAUUGAUUGUGGAAAGGAGGCCUCUUUCUGUCAGCAGCUUGGCACAUAUCCCCGAAGAUUUCCAAGGGUUUUUGUUUAUUCUUACAAGGGAAAUGAAAAGGGUUCUUUGAUAGAAUACAGUGGUGACUUGGUUGCCAAGAAUUUAAAGGCUUUCUGUCAAGACCACCUGCCAAGGUUUUCAAAGCGAGCUGACUUGAAUUCUCUUGAUGAAUUUUUAACUUCUGCAAAGUUGCCUGGGGUGAUGCUUCUGUCUGCUAAGAAAGAUACUCCUGUAAUCUGGCGUGUUCUUAGUGGUCUGUAUCACAAGCGCUUUACUUUCAGUGAUGUCCAGGUUCAUGAUGUUUCCGAUCCAAGAGUGAAAAAGCUGGGAGUUGAUGCGCUCCCGGCUAUAGUAGGUUGGCUCCCUAAUGGAGAGAAGCAGAAUUUGAAAACAGGGAUUUCCGUAAAAGAUAUAAAAUCUGCAGUUCAUGAUCUCAGUAAUAUACUUGAUAGUUUUGAAAAAAUAAGCAAAAAGGCAGGAUCAAGACAGGCCAAAAAAGCAUCCACUGAUUCGGAUGAGAGUCAGAUACAAUUCCUUUCUCGAUCAAACUUUGAUGUUCUUUGUGGCGAGAGAACCCCAGUCUGCAUAAUUGGUUCCUUUAGAUCCUCUAAAGCCAGAGAAAAGCUGCAAACAAUCCUCUCUUUGGUCUCUCAAAAAUCUUUCUCAAGGCAAUCAAAUCAAGCAUCAGGCUUCAAGGAUUCCAUUUCCUAUGCCCUUUUGGAUGCCACAAAGCAACCUUCUUUUCUUAAAGCAUUUGAUAAAACUGGAUUUAAGUCAUCAAAUACGUUCUUGAUUGCCUACAAACCUAAAAGAAGGAAGUUCACUUCAUUUCUCGGUGAAAUGACGAUGGAGGAAGUCGAGAAUUUCGUCAGCUCAGUUCUAAAUGGAGAUAUACCGUUCAGGGAAACAAGAGAGAAGCCUGUACUCAUGUAGAGCUUUGGGCAAUGACACUGAUUUUUGCAGUGUUACGAUGUCAUGUACAUAUUCAGUUGAGUUAUAUGCUAUAGUAUCACUAUGUUGAUCCUUUCUUAUCCUCAUGUGUGGAGGUAUUUCUGGAUCUUCCUCGCAGGGGCAGUUUUGGGACACAAAAGAUGUUCUUCAGCAAGUUAAAACAAAAGAUUUUACAGAAUUUUUUCUGA